UUUGGGCAUCAUUAUUUAUAGAGAUUUUUAGCAGUCAAUAGACCAUUGUAAGAUCAAUGCUCCACAAUUUCAUCGGAUCGGCUUUGAAUUCAAAAUGAUCGAUUAUUGAGGGCCAUUCUCACUUGUUGUGCAAUGAACCGCGCAAAUAGCCAUUGCCGUGAAGGCGAUGUUCUUAUAUCUAGCGGUGGAAAUGAUUUGUCUCCUAUUGACACUUUAAGAAGGCGGAAGACCCCAACUACU